GUCUUAACGUUAUCCUAAGCCAAGCAAAACAAGGACAAAAGUAGAGCCCAUAUGGUCGUUAUGAUGAUGCAUGCACUUGGUUAUGUUUGGGAUGGUUCUGUUUUGUGUCAACAUAAAAGGCUGUUUGUCUCAGGGUAUAACGGUCAAAACCAAUUGUUUUGGAACAACCUAUGGCAUCGGUCGCAUCACGUCACCUGACUUCCCUAACCACUAUGAAAAUAAUCAAAACUGCUAUUGGUUGUUAACAGCAAAUACAGGAAUUAUCUCGAUUACCUUUGAACAAUUUGCUACUCAUGGAUACGAUGAUUUCGUCCGGGUGUAUGAUGGUAAAUCAACUAGAUCGCCAGUAAUUGGUCAUUUCAGUGGAUACUACUUUGAUCCUAACAACAUGAAAGUAAACAGCUCGUCAAGUCAGAUGUACAUUACAUUUACUUCUAAUCGGUUGCACACAAGUCGUGGGUUUUCAUUGAUAUAUAUUUACACGGGUAUAACAGUCUAUGCCAAUUGUCCUGGAACAACCRAUAGAUCCAUUUACUCAGGUCACAUCACGUCGCCUAACUACCCUUCACAUUACAGAAACCGUCAACACUGCAUUUGGUUGUUAACAUCUUAUUCAGGAGAUAUCGAUCUUUCCAUUCAAGACUUUUCUAUCGAAAAAUGCUGCGACUUCGUUCGCGUUUAUCACGGCAAUUCAAGUUCAUCUCCUUUGGUUGGCCGCUUUAGUGGAAACCUUUAUCCCAAUAACUCGUUAAUAAACAACUCAACUACUCAGGUGUACAUUACUUUUAUUUCUGAUUGGUUAAGAACAUAUCGCGGGUUUUGGCUAUACUAUCGCAAUAGAGCGGGAGCAAGAACUACGAAGUAUCCGUGGACUUGGCCAAAUUCAAGUACAGAAGAGACAACGCAUGCYACAUGGACAAAUGCCACUCUAAAGACAACACCAUCGACACAAGUUGAUGCUACAACUACUAUGCUGCCAUCGACAAAGAACUCUCAGUGGACAACUUCACCAACACAAGGAACUAUACAGUAUCCAUGGCCAAACUCUUCUCAUUGGACAACUACACCACCCCAAGGUAUUACAGUCCAAACCAAUUGUGAUGGAACAAGCAAUGUCACCGGUCGCAUCACCUCACCUAACUACCCUAACUACUAUUAUUACUAUCAAAACUGUUAUUGGCUGCUAACAGCAAAUACAGGAAUUAUCUCGAUUACCUUUGAAUCCUUUGAUACUCAGAGAUGGGGUGAUUUCGUCCGGGUGUAUGACGGUAACUCAACUAGAUCGCCGGUAGUUGGUCAUUUCAGUGGCUACUACUAUCAUCCUAACAACAUGAAAGUAAACAGCUCGUCAAGUCAGAUGUACAUUACUUUCAUUUCAAGAUUUUCCAGACGUCGUGGCUUUUCAUUGAAAUAUAACAACAAUGGAACUACGCAGUAUCCAUGGCCYAACUCCUCUCAUUGGACAACUCAAACACCCCAAGAUCUUAAGGUUGAAGUCACCUGUGAUACCAGCUAUAUGGAGGUCGAGCUAAAAACGUAUUACUUUUCAAACGUUGAYUGGCGYAAUCUCCAUCUGARUGACCCAGAAUGCAGAGCGAAUUUAACUUCUUAUGGUACUAUUAUUCGUCUGCGUACAACUCUCRGUGGCUGCGGUACGAACUGUACAGAGCAAAGKGAUAUGUUGGUGUUUGAAAAUAAGGUGAUAAAUGACCAUAGCCAUGACAACCAGUCAUACGCUAUAAUACGAGAUAGCAGCACCCUUCUAUCAUUUUACUGCAAAUAUUCCAGACGACAACUCGUUAGCACCAACUUUGAUGCUUCAAAGGAGACUAUACAAGUUUCUGAAGGAAAUUUUGGCAACUUCACCUUCUCCAUGCAUAUGUACAAGUCGGAUGAAUACAAGCGCAUGUACKUACCAUAUGAGUAUCCUGUGUCUGUGGGCCUUAACCAACCUCUUUGGAUUCAGUUUAAAGUCGUAAAUACGAUUGGAGAUCUGGUGGUAUUUGCUGAGAAUUGUCGUGCAACUACCUCAGCUGACCCAAAUACAUAUCCAAGUUACAAGUUUUUGAAAAACGGCUGCCCUCUAGACAAGACAAUAGCCUACAAAUAYAAUCCAAAUAGUUCCAUUCAGCGUUUUUCCAUCAAGUCGUUCCGUUUCAUACAUGCCAGUAGCCGACUGGUGUAUCUUCAUUGUGAGCUGAUGGUUUGUCAUCGCAACUCUACCAACUCAAGAUGCUCGCGUGGCUGUGCGAGAUCAAGACGACGUCGAGAUGCUCAUGACUAUGAUGACACGAGUGGCGCAUACGAUUUAUCGACUGGUCCAAUUUCUGGAGAAAAGAUAUCUUCAGGCGGAAGCGGAUUUGAUGACAAAGUUCAAGGUGUUCUCAUUGGUCUUGGUGUGUUAGGAGGUGUAUUUGUACUACUUUGCGUGGCUGCCAUAUUGAAGGYCAUCAGCGUUGCAAUCCUGAAAUCAAGGAAGGUUGGUUCUUCUCCAGCACCGUCGGUUCAAGCGGCUUUUCAGAGUAGGCCUCCUCCUGUACAUGCGGUCGAGGCUUAUGAUGGACCAGUGGCAUAUCAGCUUGAUGAAAUAAGUAAAGCACGUUGACAAAAAAUGGUUGAGUUCUGACUUCAGUAGUACACUAUAAUCUUUUAUCUUUAUACAUAGAUAACUGGGUCUUUCCUUUUACACAGCGUUUUCGCUUAGUGCCUGUGUACGCAACAUCAGAUACGAUGCGGUGCUUUAACYUGUGCGCACCAUACUUCAUCCCUGACCAGACCUUGUUCUUGGUAUAUACCACAUUUACAGUAGCCUGAACGAAACUUUAUUAAGCUCGGUUUACACGUAGAAGGGUUYCCCUCCCAACACAGACAUAAGGCAUUGGAAGUAAGUCCAAUAACGAUUAAAUAACAGGUCUAAAAUAAGGAAAGUUUGGAGAAGACUAUAUUGUGGCCUUAAUAUAAGAAUAGUGUCCAAAGUUAUUUUUUAUUUAUUUAACAACUCAAAUUCUAAAGGAACUCYUCUCAUCGUGUAAACUGUGCAUAUCGACCUAGCCAUUGGUAAGCUCCGAGAGCAUAAUUCCCAAACACGUAAUGUAAAUUCUGUUCUCGUGCUAUUGUUAAAGCAACUAGUAAAAAAUUGAACAUCACAAAUAAAAACACUUUCAUUUGUCAUUUUUGGGUCUUCUGAAAGGUAUUCCUUUUSUUUCAGAAAAUUCUGGUGCGCGUUGUGCGAAGCAUUUGCGUGUCAACAUAAUUUUUUAGAAAUUUCAAACAAAUGUAAAGUCCGCCCAUAGCGUAACCACAUGACUGAAUCGUGUUUCCUUUUUGCAUCGUUCUCCGUCCGUUCACACUUUACUUGUAAAUAAGUUAGUUCCUAUUAAGCAAUAAAAACGUG